AUGUUACUCCAGAAGAAAAAAAAAGGAUAUAAUAUGUCGCUGUGGGCAAGAGCUCAGCAGCUCCCGCAAGAGAGCCUGCAAAAGGUUCGUGCGAUCUAUGGGGAACAUUUCCCCAUCGAAGUCCGCCAUUGUCUUGCCACGUGGAUCGAAAAUAGAAUAUGGACUCCGGAGCCCGAAGAGCAGCAACGGUUCUUCGUGGAGGAGCUGGUCCAGGAGAUCCACACACACACGGAGCUGAUGCUGUCUCCAGAGAUGUUCGUCACCAAGAUGAAGCUCAUCGAGGCUGCGAAGUUGUUCCGGAUGCAGUACAGCCACACUCCCCACGAGCUAUACACUUACAUGCGGCGUUGCUUGGCGCUGGAAAUGGAAGUGAUACAAAGUGCGAUGGGAACCCCCUACAUCGCUCAGCCGCAGACCGAGAGGAAAUAUAGCGAGCUCAUAACCGGCCUGCAAACCGUCCGUCAGAAGGUCAACAUGGCCGGUGAGGAGAUUCGCUCGUUGCAGGCGAACAUUGAGUCCUUCUCGCUGCAGUACCAUGAGUGUUUGAAAAAUAAAGGACACAUAAACUAUCUGCAACAGUCCGGGCCGAUGACGAAUGAACGUCGCGAGCUGGAAGCGUGUCUGAGAGUCCAGAUAGACGAAAUGGAGAGAAAACUUAAUGCUUUGGUAGCGCAAAUAAAUCAAUCGCAAAUGGAGCUCGUCGACCACAUGAAGGAAAAUAUCGCUAAUUUACGUCAACUUCAGAGUCAAGUGCUGGAUGAAGAGCUUAUAAAAUGGAAACGUGAGCAACAACUGAGUGGUAAUGGUGUGCCGAUGCAAUCAAAUUUGAAUACCAUACAAGAGUGGUGUGAACUGCUCGCUGACCUGAUAUGGAAUACUCGUCAGCAAGUGGGCAAUGUGGCCAGGAUCAAUGGGAAGACCAUCGCUGAGCUGAGACAGCCACAUCUCACCGAGAUGCUGGAUGAUAUGGGGAAACAAGUGACAAGUCUGCUCUCGACGCUAGUGACAUCUACCUUCGUUAUAGAAAAGCAACCGCCUCAAGUCAUGAAGACAAACACGCGCUUCACGGCUACAGUCCGCCUCCUUGUGGGGGGUCAGCUCAACGUGCAUAUGACUCCGCCACGUGUCACUGUGGUGAUAAUAUCCGAGCAGCAAGCACAACUGCUGCUGAAGAGCGACACGCAGGGUCGUGGCAAGCAGCCGGCGGAGUGUGGCGACAUCCUCAACAACAGCGGGUGCAUGGAGUACCAGCCCACCAGCAGGCAGCUCAGUGUCAGCUUCCGUAACAUGCAAUUGCGUAAAAUCAAACGCGCAGAGAAGAAAGGCACGGAGAGUGUCAUGGAUGAGAAGCUGACUCUGCUGUUCCAGUCGGAGUUCAACGUGGGUGGCGGCGAGCUGGUGUUCCAGGUGUGGACGCUGUCCCUGCCGGUGGUGGUGAUAGUGCACGGCAACCAGGAGCCCCACGGCUGGGCGACGGUCACGUGGGACAACGCCUUCAGCCCACCGGGCAGGGUGCCCUUCGCCGUGCCGGAUAAGGUGACUUGGGGUCAGUUGGCAGAGACUCUACGUAUUAAAUUUUGCUCGGCGACCGGAGGAGACCUGUCUGAGGAUAAUCUUAGGUUUUUGGCUGAGAAGAUAUUUAGGACCAGCCUGCCCCUGAACAGCAUGGAGCUGAACGGCAUGACUGUGAGCUGGACGCAGUUCUGCAAGGACGCGCUUCCCGAGCGGAACUUCACCUUCUGGGAGUGGUUCUACAUGGUGGUGAAGGUCACUAGGGACUACCUGCGCACUCUGUGGUGUGAUCGCCUGAUAAUGGGUUUUAUACAGAAGAAACAAGCUGAGGAGAUGCUCUCCAAAUGUCCCCCGGGAACUUUUUUACUACGUUUCUCUGACUCCGAGCUGGGUGGCAUCACUAUAGCUUGGGUUGGUGAGGGCAACGAAGUGUUCAGCCUGCAGCCGUUCACGUCGCGCGACCUGAUGCUGCGCUCGCUCGCGGACCGCAUCCUGGACCUGGCGCAGCUGCAGUUUCUGUAUCCGAAUGUGGCCAAGGACGAUGUGUUCUCUAAAUAUUAUACCAAGCCUGAAAACGAAAUGCUCAAGAACGGCUACGUGAAGCCGGUUUUGGUGACGACGCUGCCGCCCUACAUGUCCGCCUCGCCCUACGCGCACUCGCCCGACUCGCACCGCAACACGCCCAGCGUGCACAGCAGCUACUUCAGUGCAUCGACGCCAGCUCAAACGGAGAGUAGCUUCAUGGAUAGCGACCUUUUUGAGCAGAUUCGCGCUUUCGAACCGGACGGUUUAGAGGACUUUGAUUUUUACGGCGGCAAUGUUGCAAUGAAA